CACGGUGACUUUCUAGAGAAAAGAUUCCUGUAUGGUCCUACGCUUUUGAGAAUCCCAUGUGCGCAGAGUCUCAGUCCUCACUACUCAUCUCCGGAUCAGAUCUGGAGAGCACAAGAACCACUGACGACGAGAGACGAGAGGAAAGGCAACCCCCCAGAUCUGGAGCUGCCCGUACCCUGAGAGCUCCUCGCCGGUGGUAGGGUAGAAUAUCUUCCUUGGGCUGCAGCGACGACGAGCCCGCCCCGGAGGUUGGGGCGGCGGGGGCUCAGACGAGCUCUAACUGGCGAGCGGCGGCGGUGAAAGAGGAUUUGCAUCCGAGUAUCCGACAGUUGGGAUCCCAUUGUUCAGGUUCAUGAUUCAGAUGCAGUCAACGGACGCACGUCAAGAGUAAGGGCUGCAACCAGAAAGGGAAAUCAGUCCUGGGUGUGGCUAGCAACUUCAGAAUGAAAAAGAUGAUUUAAGUUCUUUCCUCUAUAGUUAGAAGAAGAAAAAAAAAAGGAAAAUCAGUCCUGGUUGUGCUGCUGCUGGUUGCAUGGAGGCAGCAGUGGUGAGCGUGUCGCGGGGCGCCAUAGGCUUCGUCAUUGCGAAGCUUGGCGAUCUUCUCGCCGGCAAGUACAAGCUGCUCAAGGGAGCCAAAGGAGAGAUCAUGUUCCUUAAAGCUGAGCUCGAGAGCAUGCGAGCAUUCCUGGAGAGGAUGUCGGAGGCGGAGGAGGAGCCCGACAAGCAAUCCAAGUUAUGGGCGAAGGAGGUGUGUGAUUUGUCCUAUGACAUCGAGGAUAGCGUUGACGAGUUCAUAGUCCUGGUGGAAUGUGAGUCGGACUGCGAGCCGCAUGGAUUUAAGGGAUUCAUUCAUAGGAGCAUGAACUUGUUGACGACGAUGAACAUUCGGCAUAGGAUCGCCAAGGAGUUCAGAGGCCUCAAGAGCCGUGUCGUGGAGGUGAGCGAGCGACGCAUGAGGUACAAGAUUGAUGAUGUUGUCUCCAAGCAAAACAAGACAACCAUAGACCUUCGCCUCCUGGCACUCUACGCAGACACUGCGGGCCUUGUGGGUAUCGACGGGCCGAAGAAUGAAUUAAUUCGGCUGAUGGCAGGUGAAGAGGGUGGUUCUGCACAACCGACGAAGGUCCUCUCUAUAGUGGGGUUUGGAGGGCUUGGUAAGACUACACUUGCGAACCAGAUUUACCAGAAGCUAAAGUGGCAGUUCCAGUGUCAAGCUUUCGUUUCUGUGUCCCAGAAGCCAAGCAUAAGAAUUGUUUUGAGACGAAUGCUCUCUCAAGUUGGCUAUGUAGCGCGUGAGGGAGCCGACAUGGAAAUAUGGGCUGAGGAUGAACUGAUCAGUGAACUCAGAAAAUUCCUUAUGGAUAAGAGGUACUUCAUUGUAAUUGAUGACAUUUGGGAUGAAACUACAUGGAAUGUUAUUAGAUGCGCUCUUCCAGAAAAUUUGUACGGUAGCAUGAUAAUAACAACUACCCGAAUUAAUUCUGUGGCUAGAGCUUGCUGCUGCAAUCAACAUGACUAUAUUUAUAAGAUGAAGACGCUAAGCAACGAAGACUCAAGAAAGCUAUUUUUCAGAAGAGUAUUUGGUUCAGAGGACGCUUGCCCUCUGUAUUUGGAAGAAGUUUCAACUCAGAUUUUAAAAAGAUGUGGUGGCUUGCCUCUUGCAAUUGUGACUAUAUCUAGCCUUUUGGCUAGUGAGCGAAACAAAUUCAAGGAGCAUUGGGUGCACAUAAUGAAUUCCCUGGGACCCAAUUUCGAGGUGAAUCCAACAUUGGAAGGAAUGAGGCAAAUACUGAGCCUUAGUUACAUAAAUCUUCCUCAUUAUUUGAAGACAUGCAUGCUGUAUUUGGGUAUGUAUCCAGAGGACUAUAUAAUCUGGAAAAAUGAUUUGGUCAGGCAAUGGGUAGCCCAAGGCUUUGUAAGUAAAGCACAUGGGAAAUAUCCAGAGGACGUUGCAGAGGGCUAUUUUAACGAGCUUGUUAACAGAGGCAUCAUUCAGCCAGUUAAUACCGAUCAUAAUAAUGAAGUGUUAUCUUGCAGACUGCAUGAUAUGAUGCUUGACCUUAUUAUACACAAGUGCAGAGAUGAAAAUUUUAUCACUGCACCAGAUGACAUCCAAGACAUGAUUGGUUUGUCUGACAAGGUCCGCCGACUCUCCCUCUAUCUGGACGGUAUAAUAGAUGGCACGAUAUUGGAAACCACCCAGCUCUCACAAGUAAGAGCACUUGCAAGAUUUGGCAACUCUGCAUAUGCACCUCCUCUCUUGAAGUUCAAGCAUCUCCGAGUUUUAAGUCUUGAAUUUCGGUGGGAGAUACCUGACCUCACUGGAAUAUCUCAUUUGUUCCAACUGAGGUAUCUGAAAAUUAAAACAGAUGGUAAAAUUCAAGUUCCGUCAGGUGUUGUUCAUUUGGGCCGGUUGCAGCACCUGAUCGUCCCUCGUAGGACAAUUUUGCCCAAUGGAAUUGGCAACAUGAAAUCUUUAUGUACGCUGCAAGAGUUUGAUGUGGGCUUGAAUUCUAUAGACAACAUCAGAGACCUCGGAGAUCUCAUCAAUUUGAGGGAUCUUCGAAUAUGUGGUCAUCUUUCCAAAAUGGAUGAAUUGCAUGACAUGGAGAGAAGACAGCGUUUGGAUGUUUUGACACGUUCCCUUGAAAAACUUUGCGACCUCAGAUAUCUGCACAUGGAUUAUAACAUCAAAGUUAGUUAUGUGUUGAGUUCGCUAUUUCUUCGGAGGCUUCAUAUGCUGUGUCCGUUUCCGAAGGUUCCUAAUGCGAUUGGAGAGCUCCAUAACCUCUUUGACCUUGAUCUCACAAUUGAGGUGUUGGAAGAUGAUAUUGCAAUCCUUGCGCAGUUGCAAUCUCUUAACCGCCUUAAAUUGCACAUCGAAGGGAAACCUGAAACUGAAGAGAAGGUAGUCAUUUGUAGAAAGGGAUUCCCUGUUCUCAAGCAUUUCUGGCUAUUCUGCGUCAGGAUGUCACAACUGACUUUUGAGGCAGGGACAAUGCCCAGUCUCGAAAAGCUCGAGGUAAGAAUCAAUUCGCCGUACGGUGCUGCACCUAUGGGCAUCGAGCACCUAUUAGGCCUCAAGGAAAUCUUUGUAUUUGUUGGGGGAUGUGGUGGCGAGGGAUCCUGCAGUAUAAGAGCUGCACUGACACUGUUAAGGAAGGCCAUUGAUAUGCGCUCAAGUCGUCCUGCAGCUAACAUUAAGUGUGUUGACAAUUUGCUGCUCCCUGAGCACCUCCUUGAUGACGGCUUCAGCUGGAGGAAGUACGGCCAGAAAGAUAUCCUUGACGCCAAGCACCCGAGAGCUUACUACCGUUGCACAUACCGAAAGUCGCAGGGAUGCUCAGCAACCAAGGAGGUGCAGCGCACAGACGAUGACCCGGAGCUCUUCCUAGUCCUGUAUAAAGGAAAGCACACGUGUAUCAUGGAAACAAGCUUCACAGGAGCCGCUCGAGAUCGAGAUCGACUCGUUUUUUGACUCAACUCGAGAUCGACUCGAAAUGACACAAGCUGAGUUUGAACACUUUAUGUAGCUCGACCGAGAAACGAGCCGAUCUUGAGCCAAUGUUGGCUCGCUCGAUAUUACCUCGAUAGCUUGACAUAAUAUCAUUAUGUUAAAUGAUCAUGCCAUAUAUUAAAUGGAAAUAAGAUAAUUUAUUACCAUA